CGUUAUCGUGAUCGGAACUAUUGUAUAGCAGUGUAUCCCGGAUUUUUUUGGAACCAGUUUCUUUUUCAUUGCCUGACAGGAUUGAGAUGUUACAUUUUAGGUCACCGACAGUGCUGAAGCAGUUGUUUGAAGCCACCCUCAAGCGUCCUUUUCCCGUCUACAGACAGACGAUCUGGUUGCCGAGCAGCUCCCGCUGCUUCGGUGCCACCUCCGUUGAUGCCAGAGCCCCGUCUGCCCAUCUGAAGGUCCUCCAUGCUGCCCCGCUUCGCCCGGCGCUCCGCACCGCGCCCUGCGCCGCCCCGCUCCGCUACUACUGCGUGAAAACCGAAGGCGCUCCGGCCGCCGAGGAGGUGGACGAACAGCUGAAGAAGGAUGGGGUCGGCGGCGAAGCAGCCAGCGACAAGAGAAGAAAUGCGGGGAUCCUCCCGAGUUUGGAGGAUUUGCUUUUCUACACAGUGGCCGAAGGUCAAGAGAAGAUUCCUGCUCACAAAUUUCUCACAGCACUGAAAGCCACAGGGCUUCGUACCGGAGAUCCCCGACUGAAGGAGUGCAUGGAAACACUGAAGGAAACUCUAAAGAAGACUUCAGAUGGCGUUACACUGGACAGGCAGCUUUUCAAGAAGUGUGUCCAGAGCAACAUUGUCCUGCUCACUCAGGCCUUCCGCAAGAAGUUCGUCAUCCCAGACUUCCAGUCCUUCACCUCCCAUAUUGAUGAGCUGUAUGAGAAUGCCAAAACUCUCACUGGAGGGCAGGUUGCAGACUACAUUCCUCAGCUGGCAAAGUUCAGCCCUAACCUGUGGGCGGUCUCUCUGUGCACGGUGGACGGACAGAGACACACGGUGGGCGACACUAAGCUCCCCUUCUGUCUGCAGUCUUGCGUGAAGCCUCUGAAGUACGCAGUCGCUGUUCACGACCACAGCACGGAGUACGUGCACAGUUUCAUUGGGAAGGAGCCCAGCGGCCUCCGCUUCAACAAGCUCUUCCUGAACGAAGAUGAUAAGCCGCACAACCCGAUGGUGAAUGCUGGCGCAAUCGUUUGUACUUCACUGAUAAAGCAAAAUGUAAGCAACGCAGAAAAAUUUGACUAUGUCAUGAACUUUCUGAAAAAGAUGGCAGGAAACGAGUACGUGGGUUUCAGCAACGCCACAUUCCAGUCUGAGCGCGAGUCAGGAGACAGGAACUUCGCCAUCGGCUACUACCUGAAAGAGAAAAAGUGUUUCCCAGAGGGGACAGACAUGACCUCCGUACUGGACUUGUACUUUCAACUGUGCUCCAUUGAGGUGACGUGUGAGAGCGCCAGCGUCAUGGCGGCCACCCUGGCAAACGGCGGCAUCUGCCCAAUCACGGGCGAGCGCGUGCUGAGCCCGGAGGCGGUGAGGAACACGCUGAGUCUGAUGCACUCCUGUGGCAUGUACGACUUCUCGGGACAGUUUGCGUUCCAUGUCGGCCUGCCUGCCAAGUCUGGAGUAUCGGGAGGGAUCCUGCUGGUUGUUCCCAACGUGAUGGGAAUAAUGUGCUGGUCACCUCCGCUCGACAAGCUGGGCAACUCGGUCAGAGGGAUCCAGUUCUGCACGGACCUGGUGGAGCUUUUCAACUUCCACAACUACGACAACCUGAGGCACUUCGCCAAGAAGCACGAUCCUCGCAGAGAAGGCGGUGACCAGCGGCAGCACACCUUCGGAGCCAUGGAUUACGAGAGCCUCCAGCAGGAGCUGGCUCUGAAAGCCCCCCUCUGGAAAAAGGUGUCCCCCACCGAGUCGAACGAGGACAGCUCCACCACUGUAGUCUAUAGGAUGGACAAAGUCGUCGAGUGAAACUUAAAAACAGACCCAAAAAGAUGCCCCCCCGCCGCCUCACCUGAUCUCCCAACAACGCGACGACGUCUCCUCGCCCUUUCAUAUUUAUAUAUAAGUUAUGUAGAGGAUUAUUUAUUGCUGGUGAAGCGGUUACUGUGUGGACAGAUGGGGGGUUUUUUUUUAUUUGUACUGGGAAAAUGGGAUGUUUUUUUUUUCUCCCCCAAACGACCUUCCACCUGUUCGUUGCCUUAGCGACGUGACGAGGUCUGACGUGCAGCGUUCAGGCCGCGCUCUCGUUUUAUCUCAUCACUUUUAUAACAGUUUAGCUUUUUCCUCGUUUUUAUUCAUGUCGGAGUCUUCUGGGGGAAAAACGUCGGCGAUCACACUUCGAGCGGUCGGCUGCGCGGUCGUCCACUUGGAGCGAAGUGAUGCUUCUGUGCUCGCUGACUUUUAAAAAUGCAGUAAUUUCUAAAUUAGGGAUGUGUUAUUAGUGAUUAAAAUUAUUUGGCUGUGAUGGUUUUUUUUUUUCCUGUUAAUUGUUUUUAUUUAUUCCCCCCUUUAUGACUUUAGGCUCUUAAACGCACCAUCUCUGAGCAUUUAGCUGGUCAAAAAUGAGACUUAAGUGAAGAACAUUAACGAGUGAGAUCUGUAAAUGUUGUAUUAUUUUGCAGAUAUUGAUAUUUGUCUACAAGCUCAAUUUCUGUUUAAAGUACAGCAUGAUUUGUGCCUCCUUCCUCAUCUUUAAUAUUGAAUCUAGAUCUGUUGGUGUGUGUGUGUGUGUGUGCCUGAUGCGAUUGAUAAUAAUGGGGGGGGUGGGGGGUUGCUCACAGUCAGGUGACUAAAACUUUAAACUGUUAAUGAGGUUUGACUCGGUUGACCUCGUUUACCUGCAGCUUUCAGACAUGAAAGUGGGAGUGGGUUUGUAUGUUCAGUUCAAGUGUCUGAUAGUUUUUAUGGAACUAAACGGUCUCCGUACAGCCGUUAACAUGUCUACACAGCGUCUACACUGCAUCGCUACACAGCGCACAAAAACAUGCUCACGCAUGUGCAAAGACUUUGCCUUGUUUUGGCUGUUUUUUUUUUUAUUUCUUCAUUUGAAGCAGAGAACAUUUAGUCCAGGUCCAGGAUCAGAGUCAUUACAGCGAACCUUUUUUUCUCAGUGCAGUGGGCCCGAUUUGCCAAGUGAGGCAAGCUGCUGUUCUGCAGGGGAUUUACAAAUGUGUGCAAAUUUAUGAGCACAAUCUGCUCUACACAAACAGCGCAAACUAACAGGUCAAAGUGAGUCAGAGGGAGCGAGUAAUCUGUUAACCAAAAUAAUACAGCGUAAGCAGCUUUACAGGUGGAUCUGUCUCUGUAAACAGAUCGAUGACGGGCAGCUGAUGGAGAACUGAUGACCUGAAGCAUGUGCUUGAAGAAACACCACGUGGUGUUAUUUAUCAGUCCUGACCCAAAGAUGUGUUAAUGAAGUUACUGUUAAUGUGCUCUGGUGCUUUUACUGUGGGAAGCUGCAGGAGUUUUUGACUGACAAAGGAAAGAACCAGACUCUCAGCCUGAUUAUAGGAGUCGGCCGUUAAUCUAACUCACUACACUUCUGCCCGACUCAUUAAUGUGCACUACAGUGCGCUACAGUGUCAUUGUGGGUCAGCUGUGUAGGAAACGUGGCUAAAAUCCUGAAACACUACAGACCCGUCAGCUCACCUGUCUGUAACACAUCCCUCUGACCCUCUGUUACGUCCUGCUGUUACACUGAUACACCAGAAUCACUCGGGCUGAUGUGCUCAGUCUGACGACCGCUCCCCCGGCUUUCAUUAACAUUUUCAGGUGUGUGUGUGUGUGUGUGUGUGUGUGUAAGUCGCCUGCUACAAACUUGGAGAAAUCAAUGUUUGUAUGAUUUCUAUAGACUAGAUCCCUUAAGAAAACUAGCAAAGAUAGUUGAGUCUGGACCGUUUGGUCUUCAGUGUCUUAAUUCUGGCCCCUUUAAGUUUUAGAUGCUUUAGUGUUCUGAGCAGCAGCUGCUUUUUUUUUUUUUCAUUAAUGCCCCUGAAAACGUAAUCUAAGGUAAAAUGGGCACAAAGGAGGUGUUAACUGGUGAGUAUACACAUGGAACACAUUCAUUAGGGCGUGAGACGUUUUCAAAGUGUUACCCUAAUUAGUUCAGGUCAUAAUUAAUGGCUGCUUCUUUCCAAAGAUGUUUAUGUAUUUCUGGAUGUUUGUAGCAGCAGGUGUGCACACAGCCUUUAGCUUUGUGCUGUGCAUCUGAACACGAGUGUCCUCCGCUGCAGACCAAAGAGUGAGUGUUUGAAUAUUUACUUCAGACAUUCAGGUUUACUAUGGGAGCUCCUCCAGGAGAUGUAAAUACUUGCACAUUAAUGUCAUGUCAGCAGAUGCCUUAGAUAUUGCUGUAGUGUGUGUGUGUGUGUAUCACUGAAACUGUACACGUGGUGUGUGUCCUGAGGCUGAGCUCAGAGAGAUGGCUGCUGGAGCCGCUGUCAUCACUUUACUGCUGUCAUGUUGUGUCCUUUAUUUUGUUAAUGUCCUUUUUGUUUUGUUUUUUAAUCUUUUAUAUUGCUGACGUGUGUGUAAUAUAUGAUGCAGGAGUAUUCAAAAGCCUCGGUCAUCAUCAAUAUUUCAUAUCUACUAUUCACCUAAAAUUAAUUUAAUCCAGUCCAACAGCGAUGAUUAUUGGGAAGCAGCUCACACGACCAGUAAGGGAUCCUCGUGAAACGAGUCGCUCUCGUAGUCCUAAAAAAGUUUUGAGUUUUCACAUCUUUGCUGCUCCUUUAAAUGGCAGAAAAAUCUGAAAUUCAGGACCUGAAAUAAAAGCUGAUGCAGUCAGAGCAGACAGGAGACUGAACUUCAUCAAGCCAAUCAAUCAAGAUUAAUUAUCAAUCACACCUUCUCCUUUGCUUGGAAAAUCCUGAUUAUUCCAAUCCAAAAGAUGACACCGGGGCUUUUUAAAUGCAGCGUUAAUGGAAAUCAUCAGAUUUGUGUUAUGUAAAGCUUUGUUCAGUUUGCACCAUAAAUAAAAUUAAAAACUGCUCAGUAAUCUGUCCAGACCCCAAAAAAAACACGUCAAACAAGAAGCAGAGAAAUGAAUAAUUAGAAUAUUGGAAAUUUAAAGAGAUGAAGGUUUCAAACUGAUUUUUUUUAUGUUAAUGGUGCAAAAUGUUCCCAGAACAAACCUUUACACCCAUAUGUCAUGUAUGGAUUUUUCUCUUGUAUGCAUGUUUUUUGUUUUUUUUGUCAAUUUUCAUGAAUUUUCAUCCUUUAUUUGAUUUCUUUUGAAUGUUUUUUUUUUUUUUUUCUUUCACAUGAAAGUGAUCACUACCCUCACAUUUGGUGACCCUGGAACUGUGAGGUUAGUCUUCAUAGAAAAACAAGCAAAAGAUUAAAAAAUGAGCUGCUUCUGAACAUGAAACCAAACAGUUCCAAGCUCACAGCUGUCAAGCUUUAAUGUUUGUUUGUGAAGUCUCCAUGAACUGUCUGCUUCUCUGUACUGAACAUGCAGAAAUGACAGUAAAAAUUACAUUAAUGUUUUUUGUUGUCUUGGUGUCCCUUGUAUGAAAUGAAA